AUGUCAAGAUGAUUUCAAUGAAUGUAAUCUUGGAAAUCCCUGCUACCAUAGAGGAUAUUGCACUAAUACAUUUGGAAGUUAUAGCUGUGACUGUUUGCCAGGCUGGAAAAAUAGAAAUAGUCCAACUCCACACUGCAGCAUUAAAACAAAUCCAGAUAUAAAGUUUAGAAUGUGUGUUCCAGGAUGGAUGGGUGAUCAGUGCCUGGAUCAAUGUCUAACAAAUGAUAUGUGUACAAAGAAGCAAGUUUGCAAAAAGCGGGGGAGAGGAAAACUCUGUCAAUGUUUAGAUGGAUGGACAGGACCUGACUGUUACACAGAUAUUGAUGAAUGCGCGAAUAACCCAUGCCUAAGUUACCAAAUAUGCAUAAAUACCGAAGGUUCAUAUAAUUGCACGUGUCCAUUGGGAUGGCAAGGUGCCAGUUGUUCGGACGAUGUUGAUGAAUGUUCCAUUAAUCCUUGCAAGCAUUCUGGAAUAUGUACAAAUACUGCUGGUUCAUACAUCUGUACGUGUCCAACAGGGUGGCAAGGGGUCAGUUGUUCAGAAGAUACGAAUGAAUGUUUGACGAAUCCAUGCAAAGAUUCUGGAUCAUGUAUCAAUACUAAUGGUUCAUAUAUAUGCAACUCUACUGAUGGGUGUAACGGUAAAGACUGUCAAGAGAGUAUUAAUGAAGCCUCAAAUGAUGUUGCUUCUUUGAAGACCUUAACAAUCGCUUUGGUUCUGGGUUCGUCAGGUCUUUAACUUAAAUCAAUGGUUGCAAUAGUUGUGGCAAAAUAUAAAUGUAAAAAGAAAACGGAAGAUCAACAAAAAGAGGACAACGAGUCAGUGAUUUCCAGUAGAGAAAGGAUUCCAGCUUGGAAACAUGGUGGCCAAGACAUUAUAGAGCGAAACGAGUAUCAACCAGACAAGGACUUAGUACCCGUGAUACCAAACAAAACAAGAGCUUCAGCAUGGGAACACAACCGCCAAUACAAUACAGAGCGAAACGAACACCAAGAGAAAAGGGACAUUGUGCCAGUAAUAUUCAAUAAAGCAAGGGUUUCAGUUUUGGAAUACGACGAGCAAGACAGUGAAAGCCGAAACGCUGACCAAACAAAACGAGAUACAGCGCCAGUAAUAUCAAGGAUUGUGGGUUGGGAAUUCUCCAGCAAACGAAUAAGCGAGUGAUACUAAAGAAUUGUAACUUUACACCAUAUAUAUUGUUAUCCACUAAAUUCAAAUAUACCGACGAUAUGCCAUUUCUUUUUAUGGUGGUUUGUCCGAUAGUUUGACUGGAAAAUUUUGUCUGUUCAAUUUAGGCAAUAAUUGGUGAAGAUUAUUUCUAUUGUUGUCUAUUAUUGUUUUAGUCAUUUAUUGAAUGUUUCUUUUUUAUUACUCUUUCUUUUCACAAGUUGUUGUACAUUUGUAAAACUUCUCUUUAGGCUGUUGCUCUUCUUUGAAGUUUUUAUAGUUACAUAGACAUCAUCUGACCUUUAAACAUGUACAACACACAUUAACAAGCC